AUGAAAAACAAUAAUAAUUAAUAAUUCAAGUAAGUCACUUUCUUAUUUCGCAAAUACAAAUUAGAUUCUGAUAUCAAUUAAACACUUUCCUCUUAACGAUUUUCAUCUAUAAAUCCUUAAAUUAAAUUACUCCCUAGAAUUUAGCCAAUUCAAACACAAUCAUAGCCCAAUUCUCCUGUUAAGAUUAAAUCCCCAAACGUUAACUAUCCUACUAUCACAACUACAAAGAUGUAGAUUGCUUUAAUAGAAUAAAUGCAUUAAACUAUUAGAUAAAAACAUUUUGUUCAAUUUUCAAAUACAAGAAACUAAAAAAAAUAAGAUAACUUUAGUUAGACUACACUGGAUGAAGCUAAAUUACUCCAAUAUUUAGAUUGA